CUAAUCUUUGUUUUAGGAGGUGAGACAUGAUAGAAAUAUAAACCAAACACGUCUAUCUCUCUCUCUUUCUCUUUCUCUUUCUCUCUCUCUCUCUCUUUCUCUUUCUCUCUCUCUCUCUUUCUCCCAAAAUUAUUUUCUCUUUUUCUCACCUUGUUUUUUGACACAAAUUAACCAUAUUCAUCCAGAAAUAAGGACCACCGAGGGAAAAAGAAAAAUCACAUUGUCUCAAAUGGAUUCCAUUAUUCAAAAACAUGGAUCAUGAAUCAUGUCAAUCUCAUAUUUGUUUGAAUAUUUUGUGUAGAUUUUCCAAAUGCCUGACUCAGAUCCAGGUCGUACAUAUAUAUGGACAAUCAGCGGCAUUUUAUUUCUUUGUGUAACUAUUGGAGGUGGUUGCCUUUUGGUUUACAUGACCUCUCCCCAAUCUCAGUCUUCCAAAUCGCUUCCUAUUGUUGGUUUAGUCCUUGUUUGUAUGCCUUGGAUAUUUUGGAUCUUGACUAUACUAUAUCGUAUAACCUCAAGGGCUUUUGGAUUUAGGAUGGUAACUGGUAACUUAUAUGGUGAUCUUGAUAGUGGUGGUGGUGCCGCUGGCAAUGGUUCUAAUGAUAUUGAUGUGAAUGCCAAAGAUGCACCAAUUGCUCCUUCAAAUGAUGAAGCCAAAAAUGGUCAAGAAAGAAACACCAAAAGAGAUGGUAGGCCUUCCUCUACUAGUUCAAAUGAUGUAUCCAUUACUUCACAUGAGAGUGAAAUUCCAUUGUCGUUAUCAAAGGCAUUGUGAUUGAAAAAUCAAUUAAUUUUGACAUUAGAAGG